AUGCCCACCUCCGCAGAAACCGAGAACAACAACCUCGUUCUCAGAGCCCUUUUCAAACAAAUCGAUGUGGGCGGUGAUGGCACAAUCAAUUUCAAACAGUUGGCCAAAGACAUUCCAGUCAACGGUGAAAAUGCCGCCCGACAUCGCUGGAAACGAUUCAAGGAAAGUAUUGCCAAAGCUCCCGGCGCUCCUACUAGGGCUACUAAAACCGAAAAUAAUAAUCUUAUUAUGAGCGCUCUUUUCAAACAAAUCACAGUUGGUAGAAUCGAUUUUAAACGCUUGGCUAAAGAUAUGGGGGUUAAAGGCCAGAAUGCAGCGAGACAUAGGUGGAGGAGACUUUUGGAGAGUUUUGGAAUCAAGGAUAAGAAUGGCAAAGGCAAAGAUGAUAGUAAGGGCGACGGGAAUGAGGGCAAAGAGGAGAGUGACGGAGAUGCCAGCAGUCCCGUGAAGGUAGAAGCGAACACUAAAGUUGCUAGAACGAAACUAGCAGGCUCGCCACUGAAGUACGAGAUCUCAAGGGAGGAAAGUGUGCUAGAGACGCCUAAGAAAAGUGGCAAGAGAAAGAUUGAUGAUGCGGACAUGGCCGAUGAGGAACAGGAUAUGAAGAUGCUUAAGAUGCCGGCGAGGAGACUCUCGAAAACGAGUGCGACGGAAGUUGUUAAGUGUGAACAGAGGUGGAGUGAUGAUGAUACUGAGGAGGAGAUCACUGAUGACGAAGUUCAGGAAGAGGGGUCCGGUUCUGGUUUUGAGGAUAUUGAUUACACGAAGAUUGCUAAGAAGAAGAGAGGUACGAAUCUAGGGAAGGACAGUGAUGAUUGGUUUCGAGGAACUUAG